UGCUCCUCGACCCAACACCCUUUAGCCUAACCUUCCACAUCAUUAAUGUUUUUGGUGUUUUGAUGUAACUCUCGUAGAGGCUUUAGAUUUAUGUAAGGCACAAACUACAUAAAGACGGACGGAGAGAAUACAGCGACCUAUCAUGUAGCAGCAUCCCAAAAGCAUUGAUCACCGAAUAAUAUUUUCGUUCAUUAAGAGCUUAUUGUAUCAACCUACUCUAAUCUAACAUCAUAAUAAUAAAAAUGGUGCCGGCCUGGGGGGUCAGGUGUGGCGGGCAGUGGGACCAAUGGGGAAGUGUCUGUCUUGUUUAAAGGUCCCUCCACCCGCCCACCAGCACAGCAUAUCACACCAUCCAACACUACAACACCCUCCUCCCCGGCACGAAUAUGAACGGACAAGAGAAGUAAGUGAAAGUGGCAGCAGUCUCAGUGGUGUGGAGGGUCGGUCUCCAAUACCACCACCUGAUGCACAGAGUAAUGGCAGUGGAAAAAAUUCUGUAAUUAUCAGUUGUUCAGAAAAGCGUUCAUUUUACUCCCGAAUUCCACCACUUGCAAAGUCUGCCAGCAAUGAAGUCAGAAGAUUAUCAUCUAAAGACUAUUCUGAAACAAAGAUUUUAUUAUUAUUUGAUCAGUACAAGGACAGCCAGUGUGACUAUAUUCUGUCAGAAGGCAUUGAACAUCUCUGUAUGGAUUUGGAUGUAAAACCUGAAGAGUUUAAAGUGUUAGUUUUGGCAUGGAAAUUUGGGGCUGAGACUAUGUGCAGGUUUAGUAGAGGUGAGUUUGUGAAUGGGUGUAAAGCCCUCAGAGUGGAUUCUAUAAAAGGUAUACAGUCCAAAUUUUCAGAUAUGUUACUUGAGGUUCAGGACCCGGAAAAAUUUAAAGACCUAUAUAGAUUCACUUUUAAGUUUGGCCUGGAUGCUGAUGCCAGCCAACGAAUCCUACCGUCCGACAUGGCAUUGCUGCUAUGGAAACUUGUUUUUUCACAGCGUGAGCCUUCAAUUUUGAAGAGAUGGUUGACGUUUCUUGAAAGACAUCCAAACAUUCGGGGUAUCCCCAGAGACACCUGGAAUAUGUUCCUAAAUUUUACAGAAGCUGUAGGUGAUGAUUUAAGCUCCUAUGAUGAUACAGAGGCUUGGCCUAGCCUUUUUGAUGACUUUGUUGAGUAUGAAAAUGAUGAGUUGAACCAAAAUAUAACCAAGGAUCAUAAAGAAGAAAGUGAAUAAUAUUAUGUAAGUGCUAGGAGGGAAUAGUUCAUAUGUGAAUAUGUUGUAAGUUAUAUUUUUUCAGAAGGUAUGACUGAAUUUGGUAUUGUUCUCUUUCUACAAGUGCUAAUGCUAAAAACUUUAGAAAAUUCUGUUCCAUCUCUACUGUGGCCAUAGGUAUUAUGUAUAUAUGAAUGCUAUGGGUUACUUAAUACUGUACGGUAUUAUGAAUGACAUCUUGUAUUAGCAAGUUGAUAAAAGAUAAUCUUAAGAUAAAAGAUAAACAAUAGAUGUGCAAUCAUCCAUUGCAUGUUUGUGACACAUUUUGGCAUGUGUGUCGCUGGUAAAGUGUAUGAAUGCAGUUGAUUUUACUGUCAUAGUGAGAGAAGAAGCAUUUCUCUUGUGGGUCACCUGAGGUUUUUCUUUAUAUUGUACUUUAUUUUCUUGUAAAGUAAACAAAUUUAUCUUAGUGAUGUUAAAUUUGACAAGCUUUAAAGGAUUGUGGCCAUAGUUGUUAUUAUUUGCUUCAUAAAUGAUGCUUUCAUAAAAUAGAAAAUUCUAAAUUUAAAUGUCUUUAUCGGCUGUAAAGUUUUGGGAAAUUAUAUUGCUUAUAAUGUGUUUACAAUAAAAAAAAAUGUUUGAAGGUACGGUACAUGAUCACUUGGACGUUUAUUAUUAUUUUAUGAUAUAUUUCACGUUGCAUAUAUUUUAUCCAACAGCUGACUUUAGAGAGUGGAGAAAAGGUUGACUGUUUAGUCUUGGGUCAAGUAAUGCACUCAUAUUAUAGAUUAGCAUAGCCAUACCUGCAGGGUACAGUCAUAAGAGAAUUGAAAUUUGGAUCUGAAUUACACUAGAAGAAGAAAAAUGCUAAUUUGACUGGCAUGCAGUAAAUAUAUUUGUAAAUGGUUUGCAAUAACCGCUGUGUUAUGACAGCCAAGCCACAAAAUUAUUGAUUCUCAGGUCUCCUAUUCAUUAAGUUUGUGAUGUAAUUUAAGAAAUCCUUAGUUUUUUUAUUGAAUAAUAGGCAGGUGGAAAUUGUACUUAAAUAUAUAUCUUUAAUUGAUGUUCCUUUACAGGUGGAGUUAUUCUGAUAUUUUUAUUUUAUAUCCAGGUGCUUCAGUUACUGUACAGUAAUAGAAGGGACUGCAAAGUUUUAAUUUAUUUCUUCAUUCUUUUCUAGAUAAUCCUUUAUACAUGAAUUCGAGAUUUCAAUAGUCCACACAUGCUUCUUUGCUGUCAAUUACCUCAUCCUUGAUUCUCCUCCACAACUCUCCCAUCGCAUCUGAUCACACACCCUUUAUA